UACAUACCAGAGUCGAUGCAGUAUCAUACGCAGAGGUUUUAUUUAAGGGCGAAAAUGUCGCAAAGUGCAUUCACAUGCAUUACGUGUCAUGUGGCAUUUGUCGAUGCCGACAUGCAAAGGACGCAUUAUAAGUGUGAUUGGCAUCGUUAUAAUUUAAAACGUAAAGUAGUGGCUUUGCCUCCUGUCUCCAGAGAGAGUUUUAACGAAAAAGUUGCAGCUCAAAAAGCUCAGGUUGCUACAAACAAAUCAAAGGAAAACAUUGUUGGCUUCUCAUGUAAAGUUUGUUCAAGAAAAUUCAAUUCGUUUAAUUCUUACAACAAUCACUUAAAGUCAAAGAAGCACCAGGAAGCUGAAAGCAAAGAGAUUGAAAUUUUAAAGAAAAAGUUACAGAAAGAUAAAGAACUUUCACAUGAAGAAGAGUCAGAGGAACAGAUUGCGUUUAACAAAGCAGUGAUUGAUGCACGAAAUAAAUUACAACAACCUGAUAUCAUUAGUUCCGCAGAACCGAAACCAACUAAGAAAUUCAACAAAGAUGACAACCCACGGCUCCGAUGGUACAGGAAACAAGUAAAAGCAAUUGAGGAGAAUGAUAGAAACAAAGAAGAAGAGGAGGAUGAGGAAUGUGAUGAGGAGUGGGAGGAUUUGAGCGAUGAUGACACAAUAGAAGGAGAUGACUCAGAACAGGGCGAUACCGAAUCUCAAACUGAAUCCACAUGCACGGAUACCUCAUCUCUGGCUGGGGUUUUCGCCAGUGUGAAGUUAGAUUCAGACGCAGAUGUGGAAUCUCUUGCAUCGCAAGGAAAUCGGACCCAGAAAUUAAUCGGAUCUACAGAGUGUUUGUUUUGCUGCAGAAAAUCAACCAACGUUGAAAACAAUGUCACUCACAUGUCGCGUGCUCAUGGAUUUUUUGUACCAGAGCUUCAAUACCUUACCAACCUAGAAGGACUCCUCAGUUACUUAGGUGAAAAGGUGGGUGUGGGCAACGUGUGCUUAUGGUGCAACGAACGUGGCCAUGCAUUCUACUCACUACAAGCUGUGCAAACACAUAUGAGGGACAAGGGACACAUGAAAAUGCUCUCUGAUGGUGAUGCUUCACUAGAAUAUGCAGAUUUUUAUGACUUUAGCUCAAGUUAUCCGGACUUUAAUCCUGAUGUUGAGGAAGAUGAAGAGCUCCCUCAAGUGGCCAGUGAUGCAGAUGAAGAAGAUUCUGAGCUCGUGCUGCCCUCUGGUGCUAGGAUUGGCCAUAGAAGUUUAUUAAGAUACUACCGACAAAACUUCCCACCAGUUGAGCGAGUGAAACAGAAUAGAGGAAGGAUUGAUCGACUUAUGCACCAGUAUCGUGCCAUUGGAUGGAAGGGUGGUGCAGGCAUGGUUGCACUGCGAAAAAUGGACAAGGACAUGAAGUUUGUGCAACGAAUGAAGUCCAAGUUCCAGCAAAAGCUUUCAAGCAACAACAACAAGACAAUGAUGAAGCAUUUGCGACCACAGGUUGUCUUCUAAGCACAUGCCUACCAGCUAAGGGGUUGGGGAUACAGGUGUGCUGUGGUUAUUGUGCCAAUGUCAUUUACAAGUGCAAAUAAAACAUACAUAGUGUA